UCACACAGCGAGGAUUAAACGUGGUAUUAAUCCAUGGCAAACAAAAUACCGUGUCUGGGCUGAAUGUUUACCUCCGAAUGAGAGGGAAGGACCUGAACUGCAGUGUGCUGGACCAUGUAACGUGGCAGAGAGGUUGCAAUGGAGGGGACAGUAGUGACGGCAGGACCGGAGAAGCCACAGAAGCGGGUGAGGUUCCGUGUGGCUUCGGGGAACAGUGGCCGGGUCCUGAAGGAGAUGUUCAAAGAUGAGGGGCCCUCAGACUCCCUGGAUUCUGAUUGCACCAGCAGCUCAGAUGCCGAGCGGGCCAGCACCCCUUCUACAGCUGGAGACGUUCAGGGAAACCUGUACGCAUUCCUGGGCUCGGAGUUGGACGACAGCGAGAGUGAGCCUGAUGAGCUGCUCAUGUAUGCCGGAGCCACCAAGGACUGGAUGUUCACCACCAAGAGGGUCAACAUUCUCAGCAAAAACGGGACAGUUCGAGGGGUCAAACACAAAGUCAGCGCAGGUCAGGCGCUCUUUGAGAAUCUUCCUGACGGUGUGCAUUUACCACUCGAGUUUGGACGCAUAGUGAUCUACACCACAAGUUUCCGUGUGGUGAGGACCACUUUUGAGCGCUGCGAGCUGGUCAGGAAGAUCUUCCAAAACCACAGGGUGAAGUUUGUGGAGAAGAACAUCGCCUUGGACAACGAGUACGGGAAAGUUUUGGAGGAGCGGUGCAGACGUGUCGGUGAAGCCCCCUCCCUGCCAGUCGUGUUCAUUGACGGACACUACUUUGGGGGUGCUGAGAAAAUACUUGGCAUGAACGAAUCAGGAGAGCUGCAAGAUCUACUGACAAAAAUCGAGAGGGUUCAGCAUCCCCAGACGUGCCAGACCUGCGGAGGCUUCGCCUUCAUCCCGUGCUCAAUGUGCCAUGGCAGCAAGAUGUCCGUGUUCCGCAACUGCUUUACGGACUCCUUCAAAGCCCUAAAGUGCACUUCCUGCAACGAGAACGGCCUGCAGCCCUGUGCUAGCUGCACCUAGUGAAGACGGUGUGAUGCCUGGACCAAACAUCCCACUUCAGGACAAAAAACAGGAAAUGGACAGCAACACGGCCAGUAAAACACAACACAGCAGGAUUCUUUCUCCAUGGCCAUUAUUAUUGUGAAAACUGGGAUUUCUAAUAAAAUCUGCAAAUUUUCCGAUUGUCUCCGUGUCAGUUGGAUUUCCCUGAAGCAUAUUUGAUUUGUAAAAAAAAAAAAAAAAAAACAUCCACUGAAGGGUUGUGAACUAGUUUGCCCUCUGGGAAACAUAAGCUUGUUAGUCAGGAGGCGUCGUAAUUAACAAAUCUCUUGUCACUAAUCCUAUAUCAGACAUGGUUGAAUAACAGGCACUCGGGACAAACAGUGAAAGUCAAGGGCUCAAUUUUCAGACAGUCGAAGGCAGCAAACUGGAACUUUGCUCACAGGGAAGCACAGAAAUUAAUUCAAACAGUAACAUUAAAAACCCUUCAAAAAGCUACUUGUCAAUGCAAUGCUUAACCAUCAAAAACAAUAUAUGAGCCCUAGAUUUUGUUGAUAUAAUCUCUGUUGCCCAAGUUGUGCUUGGACACACUUGGGCAAUUCAAUUAAAAUAUGAAGCUCAUAUUUCAUACAAAUCCCAGUAUGAAUUUAGUCUUGAUUUAUCACACACAAAAGAAACUUAAUUUAGUCUAAAAUCAUUCUAAUAAUGUUUAGGCUCAAUGUUUGUGUAUUUUAAAUGCCAAAAAUAAGAAUACUUUUAAAAAUAUAUUUUCUCUAACUUGUUUUUUCAGGCCUUGCAAGAUCUUGUGUCUUUGUGAAUGACUGUAGCUCUACUCUCUUGACCUGAAUUCUUGAUCCAGGUAUUAUUUGAAGAUGCGGGAAGAAUGAAUGACAAGCAAAAAUAAAUAAAUAAAAUUUAAAUGCAUUAUGUUUAAUUUUAUUAACUGUUUUAUAUUUUUACUGAACAUAUCAUGCAUAAAAGACAAUCUGUCCCAAAACUAAGAGAAACA